GUGUGCUCUGCCAGCUGCCCACGCACGCACAACGGUCUCUCCAAGUGGAGUCUACCCCCAAAACCUCAUCAUUGACACCCGACUAUCGCAUCUUCGUUAACGCACUCGAUCCGAACAAUCUGGAACUGCACCGUACUCGAACUCGCCACCACUGCCCAACGUCCACCCGCGAGGCGCACGGAGCCGCUUCCUAGUGAACCAGUGAAGGGGUCCCCACCGACACACCAACGACACACCUACCAGUCAACCUCAAGAGGGGCAUCAUUUCGACCUACUCCACCAUUGCAUGCGUAUUUCCCUUGCGCGUCGACUCGGCGAGGCAUAGUUCGAGGCAGAUGUUGACUUCGACAAAGGUCGGCCUCCGUAUGCUGCGCAUCCUCAUAGCCUCGUAGUGACGACAACUCCCCAUCUCAAGAUACCGAUUAUACCAACCCACUUACCUCCACCACGCCGGUGCGCCAGCACGCGCUGCGAUAAUAAAUCAUCAUGUCGUACUACGGCAAUGGUAACAACUACUACAACCCCAAUAUCCCACAUUCCAGUGCAGGAUCGGGCCAGUAUCAAAACCAAAACACCUACGAUCGAAGGACACAAACCGCUGGCAAUGGAGACAAUGCAAACGGAGCGACUGGCUAUGGCUAUACAAGCCCGGUAGAAAGGCGCAACAGUUUUGCCUCGCGCCAGAAUGACGAGCUGUUCAUGGGCGAUAAUAGUGUUGGGCCGAUGAGCCCACCGGUUCAGACUUCUCCUACCCUUGGGAUUUAUGAUACCCAAUACCAACAACAAAUGCAACAACAACAGCAGCAGCAGCAGCAGCCGCCACCACCUCCUCAGCAACAACAGUACAACCCCCAGUCCUAUGGAUCACCCGUCGUCGCAUUGCCGAACCCCCAGAAUUUCGGUGGUGUGAACCGGACGUUCGCUAGCAUUAAUCAUCAGCCAUACAAUCCAGCACUCUACGCGGACAGCAAUAUAACUAGGAACAACACCGUCAGUCAUCCGUAUGGCUUCUCUCCGACCUCUCCCACAACCGCAUCGUACCCCUCCCCGAGUGUAUACCAACAACAAUCGCAAUUUGCAAGAACGACGUCUGUUCAAGGGGGACGGUCAGCUUACAGCCCACCCGCACCGCCGCCGUUACCUGUCCCGCCGGGAAGUGCGCAAUCGCCCGCUGACGACUGGGGCAACUAUCCGGUGCAGCAAUCCUCAAAUCCCCAUUCCUACCAUCGCGCUUCCGACCCAUCGCACGCUCCGCUGCCCUCCCCGCCAGCACACGAAACAGGCUACUCUCACCAUGAGAGGCUUGACAGAUAUCCUUCAACAUCAUCGAACCCACUUCCUCCUACUCCGCCCGCUCCUCAAGCACCCCCUCAUCGAAGACCCCUUCCUCCUCCCCCGCCCCCCAACGAAUCCGACAGCGACGAAUACUUUUCGCACCAGAACGGCAAUUACAGUACACAGGAUGAUCUCUUUAACCAGGUGGAAAAUCUGGCCGCCGGAGGAGGAAGCCCAGCGAUCCACGUACAGCAACCAAACGGGGAUCACUAUUACGAUCAGCCGUCUGGUCGUAGUGGCGGUGGCGGUCUAAAUGGCGAUCACCUCGUUCCUUACCGCGCGCAGGAGGUAUACACGAGCGACGAAAGCGACGUUGAAGCAGCUGCAGGGCUGGCUGCACUACGUAUGGCCGAAGAACAAGAGCAGGCGGAUGAAGCUCGAAGACGGAGUGGCGGAGGUGGUCUUUUUAGCACAUACGCAUCGAUCCAGAGUCCACCGCUUCCCUCGUCGGCAGCUCAACCGGGGCAUGAGAGUGCAAGCGAUAGCGAUUACGUCCCAGUGGAUGUAGGAUUGUACGGUGGGAACUUCGAACCUCACUUUACCUAUGGAGGUGCCCCGAAUCAACUGGCUACAGGAACUAGCAACUUCGAUGGCAGCCAUCCCACAUCUACAUCUGGUUCUCAACGGCGUUCUGAAGCGACUAGUGAGGACUACGACCCUAUUCACCCUUUCCCAGCAUUUUCGUCGAAUGCCCGUGUGGACACUUUUGGUACUGGGGGUUUAGAAGAGCCAAGCGCUCGCAGACGAAGUUAUGAUGAAGGCGAUGAGGUAACUCUAACAGACCACCAGUCUCCGGCCGCUGGAGAGCCCCCGGACAUGUUCUAUCACCCAGGCAUGUCUAACAGACCCCUUCCCCCACCUCCGACGUCAAGCAACAGUACUACUCGCCGUUAUAAUCACGGCAGUACAGGCUCUACGGGGUCAUAUGAAUACUGGCGAAAUUCGCAGUCAUCUCGUGGGUCAUAUCCCGUCGAUCCCCAGUCUUUGCAGAUGCAGUCGCCUACAGGCACACUCGUUCCUCGUUCAACUUCGUUACUUCAGCAUAGCAAUACGCCUCAGGCGAUACCACUACCAAGAUCGAAGACUGAUGCCGAACAAGGUCACAGGGUGCGUCAAACGAAUCGCAACACCUACUACGGUGGUGUGCAUGAUAGUGAUGGAAAUACCCUCACUCCUAACAGUGCCGAGGCUGUUGCCAUCGAUCUUCCCACCCUUCCUGCUGGGAAGCGCUUCAACCCAGCGAAGCUCUCCUCCAACGAUUUCAAAAAGUGCACGGAGCCAUGGGCGCUUAGUUCCAUUAUUUCCUGGUUGAAAACUAUGACUGAAGGGGAGAAUGAUCUCAAGGAAGGCCCCAUCACCGAAGGCCUGAUUGCCCUCUUCACCCAUAAAGUACCAACCAUGAACAUUGCCGACGCCGAAACGAUUAGCAGUCGCGUAGUAGCGGAGAUGUACAAGGCUGGAACGUUGGUGCAUGAGGAAGAGUGGCUGAAGUUCUCCAACGAAACAAUGACUGGGGUUAUCUUUCAGCUCACGGGUGCUGGCUGUUACGCUUCUAAGCUCCACAACUAUUCUACUCCAGGACGCUGUUAUUCGCAUCAUUGCCAGAGAACGCUGAAGAAGCUUGACUUACAAUCUGCUGGUGCACCUCGAUCGGACGACUGGGCCACUUUCUACAGCUUGAAGAAGGAGGAUGUUGAAGGUGUCAAUAAGAAGGAAGUGGAGCGACAAAACAUUCUGCAUGAGAUCGUCCAGGGAGAAGACGCCUACAUGGAUCGCCUCAAUCUAUGGCGCAACCUCUACCGUGACCGACUUAUUUCCGCCCAACCCCCAGUUAUCCCUCCCAAGAAGCUCAGCAAAUUUCUCAAGGAUGUUUUUGGUAAGAUCGAUGCCGUCAAGAAAGCGAACGAAGAUCACCUUCUGCCACAGAUGAAGUACCGACAGCAAGAGCAAGGUCCGUGGGUUGUCGGCUUCAGCGACAUCUUCAGAGAAUGGAUUAGGAAAGCCAAGCACGCAUACAUUGAGUAUGCCGCGGCUUUUCCCUACGCCAGCUUUCUCGUCCGACAGGAAGCCGAGAAGAAUAUGCUCUUCCGCAGCUUCCUGGAUGAAGCACGUAGCCAUAAGUCUUCGAACAAGUUGAGUUGGGACACAUACCUCAAAGGCCCAAUUACGAGAUUACAGCACUACGGCUUACUGCUUGGUACCGUGCUGAAGAGGUCAGCCCUGGACAAUGAGGAGAAACGCAAUCUCCAGAUCGCUAUGGAGGAGAUCAAAGCUGUCACACUUGAGUGUGAUAACCGCGUUGCCGAGAUGUCACGAAAGGUGGAUCUUAGCGAUCUCCAAGCCAAGCUCAUACUGCGACCUGGAAUGCAGCGUGUGGAACUCAACCUCGAUCAUCUUGGAAGAGAACUCAUAUUCAAGGGCGAUUUGAUGAGAAUGGGAGGCAACCGUUUCACUUGGUUGGAAACACAUGCUCUUCUAUUCGAUCAUUACCUCGUUCUUGCGAAGACGGUUUCUUACAGAGAGGCUGAUGGAAUAACCAAGUCGGAGAAGUACGAUGUAUCAAGACUACCUAUUCCAAUGGAUCUUCUUGUCCUGGAGAGUGAAGACGACGACCCUGUCAUCAAAUCUGCAGUCAAGGGCAUUGCCGCCGUGAGCAAUGUGCCUAACAAAGUCAGCUCCGAGUCACGACUUGGCCGUACGGCCGCGAAUAGCCCCGGUCCUGGAACGCUGCAGCAUACAAACACUUCCAAUUCCCUGUCCUCCACAAACACAGGUUCAUCUGGUAAGACCAUGGUUCAGAAUACAGUGUUGGAUAACGGAAAGGAUGAAAAGAUCAUGUAUCCCUUCCGCAUCAAGCAUCUUGGUAAAGAAACAUACACCCUGUUCGCUCCUUCGGCACAAAACAGGGCCGAGUGGUGCGACAAGCUCAUCAUCGCAAAGACGAAGCAUGCAGCGGCACUGUUCGCGCAGAACGCUGAGCCGUUCCGAUUAAGAGUUAUGGCAGACUCUGCUUUCGCAUAUGAAACAGCCAUGCCCUCGCAAAAGAGCAUCACUAUCAAGGGAACUCCUCUUGAUCGGUCUAUCGAAGAGGUCGAGAAGCUCUACUCUAAUUCAGGCCGUCCAGUACCGAUCUGCAGAGCCAGGGUCAACUGCGCCACUGCUUUCCAGCAACCUUACGGCAAAAUGAUGGUGGCUGUCGGCACUGAUAAUGGUGUAUACAUAGCAGAUUUCGACAACCCAAGAGGGUGGACAAAGGCCAUCCAAAUCCCAAGAGUGACCCAGGUCGCUGUUUUGGAACAAUUCAGUCUCAUGUUGCUCAUCUCGGACAAAUCUCUGAUUGCAUACCAUCUGGAUGCCGUCUGUCCUGUCGGUGGGGCACUUCCAUCAAAUGACUCCACCAGGAGAGCCCCCCAGAAACUCUCUGGCGCUCGAGAUAUCGGCUUCUUUGCAACUGGAAACAUGAAAGAUCGGACAUUGGUGUUUUACAAGAAACGUGAGGGACUUUCGUCCACGUUCAAGGUUCUCGAACCUGUCUACCAAAAGUCCACGGAGAAGAAGUCUAGGCUAUUCAGGUCUGGCCGUACCGAGUUUUUCCGCGAGUUCGAUGAGUUUUAUAUUCCAACGGACUGUUUCGGUAUCAACCUGUUCCAUUCAUCGCUGGCCAUCUCCACCGCCAAAGGAUUUGAGGUCCUCACGUUGGACAAGAAGCAGCCCUGGUCUGUUCCCGACUUGAAGCAGUCACACGUUGCCACCAUUGCAUCUCGUCUUCAAAAUCAAGACCCUCUUGGUAUGUUCAGGCUAUCUGACCAAGAAUUCCUUCUCUGCUACGAAGAGUGUGCUGUUUACGUCAACAAACACGGCGAUAUUUCACGCUCCGUAAUCAUGGAAUUUGUGGGUAAGGCGAAGAGUGCCGCCUUGUAUGGCCCAUACGUCCUGCUCUUCGACCCAGACUUCGUUGAAAUCCGCAACGCCCAAAACGGCCGACUCAGACAGGUCAUCUCAGGGCGAGAUGUUAAAUGCCUUGACGAUGGGCUUAGUGGAGGCUCAUCGGGCAACAGAACCGUGAAACUCAGCCUACAGCAUCCCCAGCAAGAGAGGAGCCAAGUCGUCGUCGAGCUUCUACUCAACGAAGGGCAAAGAGAAUGAGCGAAACAAUUUAUCUUCCAGAAGAGACAUAAUUCUAUAUAUAUAAUGCGGGCGACGGAUGCCUCGUUUGUGCGAGUAAAUAUAUACACGACAAUUAGCGCAG